UGGUCGAUUCCCAGCCGUAGAUCACAUUCAACUGCGACGGUGGCAGCAAUUCUGUCCGUGAUCGUUUAUAGUUUGCCAUUUGCGUGUUUUUCUUUACCCGUGUCACGUGCGUGAAUCCCGAUUGUCUCUUUUUAAGAACUUUAAAACGCUCCUACGUUGUUAUAUUCCUCGAGUGAUUGUUCCCGCAAAAGAAUAAACUAAAAAAAUGGCCGCAAUGUGUGUCGAAUCGUCAUCGUCGACAUCUUCGUCACCCGUCGGUGGUCACAUCAGGAAUGUCAACAUCAUGAGCAACCUCAACAACGAUCACAUCAAAAGGCCUAUGAACGCAUUCAUGGUUUGGUCAAGAGGGCAAAGACGUAAAAUGGCACAAGACAAUCCAAAAAUGCACAACUCGGAGAUUUCCAAGCGACUCGGUGCCGAGUGGAAAAUGCUGACGGAGUUGGAGAAACGGCCUUUCAUCGAUGAAGCCAAACGACUCAGGGCGUUGCACAUGAAAGAACAUCCGGACUACAAAUACCGACCACGUCGCAAACCAAAGAGCGGAAUGGCCAGUAGCAGCAAGACCAAAGAAUCGCCUCGCUAUUCCUUUUCAGUGGACACUGGAUCGCAUCACCGCCACCAUCAAAUGUCUCACCAUUUACCGACGCAUUCUCACCAUCACAUGCAAUCAAAUAAUCCGACUAUUCUGCCCAGUUUUAACCGAUCACUCUUCUCUUCAUCGGACCUUGUUGGCGGACCGAUUCCGGCGGCGCAUUCAAGUGCUCCGUCGUCUUCGGCUUCUUCAUCAGGAUCGACAUCGGCCGCGGUGGUUGACAAAACGGCCAACGAGCGGGCAGAAUUCAACUACUCGCGAAUGCUCUUUGCCUCGCAAUUGCCCAGUCUCCAUUUGGGUUUCGCCACUCUCGGCCAUCCAGCGCUACACGCCGCUACAGCCGUCCAAAUUCCGUGGUACCAUUACAGCAUGGACUCGGGUGUUUUCAAUCCGCUAACUCAUCCAGCCUCGGCUGGUCUUCAACAUCGGUCGGCCAACCACCACCAUCAACAACAACAGCAACAUCACCAUCAUCUGGCCAAUUUCGAUUCGCAGCUGGUCGCCCACCACAAAAUGAUGCGCUCAAUUCACGAAUCCGUUUCCAAGAAAUCUCCGACACCAGACGACAGGGUGUCACCAAUGUCCAAUAACAACAGCAGCCGGCCCGUGUCGGCAGCUUCGAGCUACGAUUCUGAAUGUCCCGUCGCAAGAGCUCCCAGUGCAAUUUCUGGCGCAGUUGGAGUUUCCUCGACACCAAUGAGCCUAUCAGCCACAUCAUCGACAGGAGCUAUGCAGGUCCUACAGCCUCCACCACCGCCGCCAUCGAUGGCCGCUACCAUGGCGGCGGCCGCUGCGGCGGGUUUCUUUCCUUUUCACUACGGAGCGGCAGCGGCCGCCGCUGCAGCCGCAGCCGCUUCGUCUUACCCUCACCAUCCGGCCACGACUACAACAAGUCCCAUUAGCGGUAGCAGUGCAUCGGCCCAUUUGGGAUGCAGUUGCAGCCCACUGUGCAUUACGAUGAAUCACCACCAUCAUCACCAUCACCAGCAGCAACAACUACACGUCGAGCAGCGAGACGCCGGAUUGAUCAGCACAACUUCACCACUUCCGGCAGCCCGUCAACAUCGAUGUUCUUUAUCCACAAUUUUGUAAAACCCCCCGCAAAAGAAAAAAAAAUCCAAAACGAUAUUUGUUUCUCUUCAAUGUUCUGUAGACAAAGUGUUUGUAGCACGCGUAACAUUUUGUGAAUUAUUCACCUAAAUUAAUAAUCGAAUUUGUUUUGUUUGUUUGAUUUGAUUUUAAAUCAACAAAAGUUCGAUUUAAAAAAAAAAAAAAGAAAACAUAAAAGUAGUUGAGUAUUGUAGCUCUCCGGAUUGCCCUGAAAAAAAAAUUGUUUAGCCUGUUCGGCUCGGACUAGUUUGCGCUUUGCGUUUUCUGUUCGCUUUUUUCUCUGUCUUGGGCAAUUUCAUGUUUACGCUGUUUUAACCCCUUCUAUAAAUUUUAAACCUGUCUAUAAAAAGGAAGAAAAAAAAGGAAAAAUUCUCACAGAAUUCCAGCAAAAGAAGAAAAGAAGACGACAAAUAAUAAAAAAAAAAAAAAGAAGAAAAGAAAACAGGGGAGAAAGAGACGACUUUGUGUCUUGUGUGACUGUUUAAGUGUAUGCAUUCCUAUGCUGUUGGUGCCCAUUGUGUCUGUUUCGGGGCAAUUGGUGAUUUGGUUUGUUAAGUGUUUGAGGGACGAAAAGAGGAGAAUAAAGAAUAAUACAACAACAA